AUGCGUCCCAAUGCCUAUGUCGGCCAUGCCAAACGGACACAGAACUUGGCGAAUCUCCCUCCAUAUCAGGCCGAACUUGUCCGUGAAGUCGCCCGCGAAGUCCGUGACUUAGACCGCGAUGUCGCUAGUCUUCUUGAGCCCUUCCAGGGCUCCUUCGAUCCCAACGCCGACCAGGCAACAGCGUGCACGCUCCUCGUCAACCACUUGUCCAUGAGGCGAAACAAGCGGUGUCUGCUUGCGUACCACAAGACGAGGACCGACAAGCUCGAGGAACUGGUCUGGAGCGGCGCAGACUUGAUUGACCUGUCCGGACAGCAGCUCAGGGAAGGGGCUGGACCUGGUUCUGGUGGGGCUGCCUUGCGCUCUGGCGACUCGGGGACCAGCAGUCUCAGUCCACAAGAGGAGGACUAUGUGAGGCAAUUUGGUGAUCUACUGGCGGCAUACAAGGGGCAGUGGACCGAUAUCGAUCUCACCGGAAGUCUCGAGCCUCCGCGAGACUUGUUCAUCGACGUGCGGGUGCUCAAGGAUGCGGGCGAGAUCCAGACUGAAUACGGUGCCAUUACUUUGACCAAGAACAGCCAGUUCUACGUUCGACAGGGAGACGUAGAACGACUUAUUGCCCAGGGUUACCUCCAGAAGCUGGGUUAA